UUUCAACUAUCGCGUCGGACGUGUCAAUAAGAAGGGGGGAAAUAUCGAUUAUUUAUAUAACAAAGAAACAAAAACACAUUACUUGUGAAUUGCUUCAGCAACCACUGAAGCAAUUCAGCUCCGCCUGCAGCAGAGUUCAUUCAGAGUCACCGGAGCUUCAGUCCUCGGUAUGGUGGGCCUGCUGUAGGACCACACAUGGAGGUUCUUAAGGAGGACUGGGGUAUGUUUCGCUGAAAUUACCUGAGAAGGAGAUGCAAGGAUCGGACUAGGAGAGUGUAAUGAAGGAUCGCCUGGCUGAACUGGCUGCGAAUAAAAGUCAAGUAGAGGAGGUUGCCGUCACUCCUGAGGACUGCAGUGAUGGCUUCAUGGAGAGCUAUUUCAGGAGGGUGGAGGAAGUUAGGGGACUCAUUGAUAAAAUCUCCUACCAAGUGGAGGAGGUGAAGAAGCUUCACAGCAGGAUCCUGUCUGCACCCAAUCCAGAUCACAGUACAAAAAGUCAGCUAGAUGGACUGACCAACGAUAUCAAAGGGAAUGCCAAUGUGGUGCGAACUAAAUUAAAAUUCAUGGAACAAAGUAUGCCAAAAGACGACGUCAUUAACAGAGCUUCUGUCGACUUCAGGAUCCAGAAAACACAGCACUCUGUACUGUCAAGGAAGUUUGUGGAAGUCAUGACUCUGUACAAUGAGACUCAAGUGUCCUUUCGGGAACGAAGCAAAGGAAGGAUCCAGAGACAACUGGAGAUAACUGGAAGAAUGACCACCAAUGAAGAACUGGAGGAUAUGCUGGAGAGCGGAAAUUCAUCAAUCUUCACAUCCGAUAUCAUUUCUGAUUCCCAAAUCACUCGUCAAGCCUUAAAUGAGAUCGAAUCCCGUCACCAGGACAUCAUGCGUCUGGAGUCCAGCAUCAGGGAGCUUCAUGUGAUGUUCAUGGACAUGGCAAUGCUGGUAGAAACUCAGGGGGAUAUGGUGAACAACAUUGAGAACAAUGUCUCUAAUGCAGCUGAGUAUAUUUAUCAUGCAAAAGAAGAUACUAAAAAGGCAGUGAGAUACCAGAAGAAAUCGCGUAGGAAAUACCUGAUCCUUACCUUUGCCCUGUUGAUCCUUCUUGCUGUCAUCGCACUAAUUGUUGGCCUGUCUGUUGGACUAAGCAAACGCCCUCAAUGAGGCCUGUUGUUGUCAUUGCAUGAGCAGACAUUCCUCUAUCUCACCUUGUUUGGAGGAUCCUACUUUUACUGUUACUCAGAAAGGUUGGCGUCCAAGACUGAUGGACUU